CAAAAAGAGUAGCAAAACAUUUCGGCCCAAAAAGAACAUCAGUGAGGGUUCAAAGCAGUAUCAGCUGAAAAAAUAUGCUGAGGCAACUUUGGGCUCUGGCAACCUACGCCUAGCUGUCACACUUCCAGAAGGAGAGGACAUACAUGAGUGGGUAGCCGUAAAUACUGUGGACUUCUACAAUCAAAUCAAUAUGCUUUACGGCACUAUAACCGAGUUUUGCACCCCAGACGAGUGUCCUGUCAUGUCAGCAGGUUUAAGGUACGAGUACUUGUGGGCGGAUAAUGUAACUGUAAAGAAGCCAAUCAAGUGCAGUGCGCCGGAGUAUGUAGACUAUCUCAUGACAUGGGUGCAAACCCAGUUGGAUGAUGAGCUCAUCUUCCCUUCCAAGAUUGGCGUGCCCUUCCCGCGGACGUUCAUGUCGGUUGCAAAGAACAUCUUAAAACGACUAUUCAGAGUGUAUGCCCACGUGUACCAUUCUCACUUCAACAAGAUUGUAUCUUUGGGUGAGGAGGCGCAUCUGAACACUUCUUUCAAGCACUUCAUAUAUUUCGUUCAGGAAUUCAAUCUCAUAGACAAGAAGGAACUAGCACCUUUGCAAGAGCUUAUCGAUACGCUGCUGGCCAAAGAUGCCGCUGCAUAAUUUACUACCAACCUUAGAACCGUGAAUAAAGACAUAAUUGCUAAAUAGUUG